UGGAUGCUGACUACUACUAACUACCAAAGUUAGUUACUCCGUACUAAUUAAGUGACAUUCCUCCACCCCGAGCGCAAACUGUCCUCCUCCGAACAAUCAACAACCUAUCACUCUUCAUUGCAUUGGCAGCUCUUGUCCAGAAAAUCAGUUACCACCUCCAUCUCCGCUAUCUACUCCUACCCUCACAGCUCAGCGAUUCUCCCUAUCGUGCAUCCACCACCACACCCAACAAAGCUCAAUUGAGUCUUACGCUCAUACACCCUACAAGUCUGACUUGAUACCGGUUACUCCCAACACAAACCACAUCCUUCACAAUGAUCACCGACGACGAGCUCCACCGCCUGGCCGUCUUCCUCGGCAGUUGCGCCAUGAUGAUGAUCGUCCUCUACCACUUCCUCGAGGUCAAUGCCAAGGACGACGGCGCUGAACUUGACGCCCCCGCCGAUAAGAAGGUGCCCGGUAUCUCGCAGCAGACGGCGGCGGCGGCUGCGGCCGUGGGAUCCUCGUAGGGUGCCAACCGGAGAGAUUGGAAGGGGAGGAGAGUAAUCGCAGAAGAAUGUUAUACCCGCUACUUGAAAGUUCUAUCUUGCUUCUUUGUCGCGUUCACUCUCAUGUCAUGUUUCUUGAUCCGUUGUUGUACAGCUGUUUUUCAUAAGCGAGUGGGCUUGGGGGAAGGAUGGAAAAAAAAAGAUCAAUGGUCAUGAUGGGUUUGUUUGUUUAGAAUACCCGGGCGGUUGUUCUUAGGUAGCUUCCGUCCAAUGCAUCGUUUG